AUGACUUAUGUUAAUUCAUAUAGGGUAAAAAUCUUGAAUUCUUCUCCUUAUUAUGCCCAAGCAAAUGGGCAAGUGGAAUCUACUAAUAAAAUUAUUAAGAAUACUCUGUCUAAAAUGAUAACUGAUAAUCCCAGAGAAUGGCAUAAUUUACUGUCAAAAGUGUUAUGGGCUUACAGGACUUCAAAAAGGGAAAGCACAAGAGCUACACCAUAUGAGUUAGUAUAUGGCCAAGCUACAGUAUUAUCCGUCGAAAUUAAUAUUACAUCUCAUAGAGUUGCUAGGCAUUAUGGCCCAAAUAAUGUUGAUUUCGAGGAAGCAAUGUAUAAGGAGUUAGAUGGACUAGAAGAAUCCACAAUAGAUGCUUUAAAUAAUAUACAAGCACAAAAGAAAAAUCUAGAGAGAGUUUAUAAUAAAAGAGUCCAUGAAAAAUCAUUUGCAGAAGUACUAAGAGGUGGAGCUUAUCAGUUAGAAUCUAUUUUUGGAAAUGUUCAUGAAAGAACAAUCAAUGGAAAGUAUUUAAAGGCAUAUUUUCCAUCUCCUUGGGAGUUAAUCGACGGAUAA